UUAUUGCGUAUCUGCGAUGGUUGCCCCGGUCCAGGAUUGGGGAACGAUUGACGAAUCAAAUCUUACAAUGCUCAGAAACGACAUACCUUUGGUUCGUGGAAGCAGGGAGGCGUAUGAGUCUCUGAAUUCAGCUCUCGACAUCUUGCUGGAAGUCAAAGGAAUUGCGACAAAAGAUCAAAUAUAUCUUCCUGAAUUGCCCAGAUUGAUUCGAAUGUAUACUAAUGCCGUUACGCAAGGAAAACAUUUACGACGGCAAAAAUGGUGGAAGAGAAUUCGGAACAUGAGGGAUUGGGAGGGCAGUGAAGCUCAAUUCAAGACACAUUGCCAGAGAGUUUGGAAUCUCGCUAAUCAAACAUCUUGUACCGUCCAUGAACAUGCGGGCAAACCAAAAGAGACGGUUCCCAGAGGCGGAUCAGUAGACCAAGCUGAAGUCAACCUCGCCCAGCAACACAAUCAACAUGUCGCACAAAGCUCGAGUCAAAACAGUAUGAUUAUCAAUAGGCUCCCGAAGGAGACAAUACAACUUAUCGUUGAAUUGAGCACCACAAAGGUAGUUGAAUUGUUACUUUGUGGUAGACUGGGUGGGAUACCGCAAAAUGUCACCCAAUAUUAUGGAUGUAUCGUUGGAGCCGGCAGAAGGGCUGCACCCACGGUGAAUUUCGGAGGGAGAAAUAAUAGAGGAUCAGCCGUAAAUACAAGUCCAUCCUCCACAGAAGUCGAAGGGAAUGGUGCAGAUGAUAUCGACGACAUAAGCGACGAUGAAUCACAGUAUGACAGUGCUAUCGAUGCCAGUUCCGUGCGGCCUAGUAUUUCAACUAUAUCUUUGGAAGUGCAGGACAGUGAUUCAAUUACGACUAGUAUGCGGUCCCUUAGGGUGACAUAUCCAGGUCACCAUCGGUAAUAUGGUAGUUAUGUAGAAUGCAUUACCUCCCAUGGACCCACAUCCCCUUACGGGAUUCGCAUUAUUCGGCAUUUAUGUAGCACUUACAGUCAUCAUGACAAGGAUAUUGAUAUAUUGAUAUUUUAAUUUUAACUAUCGUUUUUAUUGUUUUGCA